UUUGUUGAGUAUGGAACACGAAACAAAGUCAAGCCCACUUGGCAUUCCUACCAAAAUAGCUGCAGGUUCACCUAACAUGGGUCAACCUAUGAGUUCUUCUUAUGAAGACCAUUGGUUAUCUACAGACGAUGUCAAAAAAGGUUCUCCUCUUGCCAACCGCCGAAAGAGUGUGACAGAAGAAGCCAAAACAAAAGACAACAAAAAGAAGGAUACACGACCUGACACACCUAAAAAAUCACAAAAAGAAAUGACAAAAGCAGAACGCCGUGCUCUUCAAGAAAAACAACGACAAGAGAAACAAAACAGACUGGCUGCUGGUGCACCUAAACCUAACACAAAACACACAGAAGCAGAGAAAAAGACACCACAAAUUGAUACAGAGGCUGCAAAGAACAAGAAGAAAGCGGCUCAUAAGAACCAACAAAACCAAGUGCCUUGGCUUCUUCAUUUGGAUGCUCCCAAGACAACAGAAGCAUCAACCAAGGAUCUUCAUCCUGCUGUGCUUCAAUUAGGUCUGUAUUUCUCUGAACAUAAAAUCGUAGGUUCCAAUGCACGUUGUGUUGCCAUGUUGGAAGUCUUUUCCAAGGUUAUUUUGGACCAUAAGCCUCCUUCCGAUGCUACUUUCUCUAGACAUAUUCAAAAGCAUUUGGAUCCUCACAUUGCUUAUUUACUCAGUAUUCGUCCCAUGUCUCUCAGUAUGCGUGAAUGCAUUCGUUGGUUAAAGAAAGAAAUGGCAGAUAUUGUAGAACAGGAUCCUCCACUCGGUGAUGACGAAGCACGCACACGAUUAACUGAACGCAUCGGCCAUUUUAUUCGUGAACGUAUCACUAUGGCAGAUCAACUUAUCAUUCAGAAUGGCUUACAAAAGAUUCAAGAUGGUGAUGUGAUUUUGACAUUUGCUAAAUCAUCUGUGGUUGAAAACCUGUUGCUUCAGACGAAAAAGAAGGGGAUUGAUUUCAAAGUGAUUGUGGUAGACAGUCGUCCUUUGUUUGAAGGUAAACAUUUGUUGCGUCGUUUGGUGGCUGCAGGUAUCGAUUGUUCCUACCAUUUGUUAUCCAGUGUUUAUGUGGCACUCAAGUCAGUCACCAAGGUGAUCAUGGGUGCCCAUGCCCUGUUAAACAAUGGUGCUGUGUAUUCCCGUAUUGGUAGCUCUAUGGUUGCCAUGGCAGCCAGCGAUAAGCAAAUCCCAGUCAUGAUUUGCUGUGAAACUUAUAAAUUCGUCAAUCGCACGCAAGUCGAUUCAUUCGUAUUGAAUGAGCUCGGUAACCCUGAUGACUUGGUGAAUACACAACAACAAAAGAACGAGACGGCCGUAUUGGCAACUUGGAGAGACCAGCCUGAUUUAAGAUUGCUCAAUUUGUUAUAUGAUGUUACCCCCUCAAAAUACAUUACUCUGGUAGUGACUGAAGUGGGUCUUAUUCCUUGUACAUCUGCACCUGUGAUCUGGCGUGAAUAUAAGUAAGAAGUCAUCAUUCUGAUGGACAUAACUAACUGUUUUGAAUAGUGAGGAAUUUGGCAAGCGCGUUGCAUAAAUUAGAGAAUAAAGAAAAUAGCGGAGUAUAUGGCCAUAAAGGAAAGGAGAUAUCAAUGACACACUUUUGUAUGACAAUGGCUUAAAAAUAUAAAUAAAAAUCUGAUAAAGAAAUUAAAAA